UCAGGCGCGAACGGCGUCUGUGGUAACGAAUUUUACAUCAAGAUCUCAAAACUUACGAGUAGAAAAUUAAGAUCUUACACCUUUAAGACCCAAAAACACCUUUAAAUUACCAAAUAUCGGAGUAUAUUUAGGUCAGGUGCAGCGUCUAGAGGUUGGUUUGUAGGAGGAACGUGUCCAGAUUUGUUGGAAAAAGCGCGCGGGGGUUGAUAUCUCGAUUAUAGAAUACUUGUAAUCAACGGUUCAUUUAAGAUCAAUUAUGGACAGAUAUAACAGUGUUUUGCCUAGUAAAGGAUACUCCACUGAUAUUGGUGCUAGAAAAAGAGUACAACURCCAAGUGAGCAGAUAAAAGGCUCGCAGUCUAAUUUGCCUUACAGCUCGUCAAGUCUGUACCACAGCACACCAGUAUCCAAGACUUCAGUUCCAAUGUCSACUACUAUGGCAUCAUCCUACAUGAAGCCAAGAACGACCAACAGUYUAUACAACCCAUCCUCAGCCAUUCCAUCAUUAAGAUCAUCUCGUAACAAGUCACCCAUAAGAAAUACUAGUCCCAUAGGAACCAGAAGGUCAGUUAGUCCAMGAAGAGGAACAAGUCCUUCAAGACUUCGAAGUGGAUCUCCACUCUCCCCAAGYAAACAGGCUUCAGAUGUUGAUAGUGAUACCAUCCAAAGACAACGGAGAGAGCUUCAGUUGAUGAUAGGAGAACUAAAAGACAGAGACAGAGAACUAAAUGAAAUGGUACAAUCUCAUCAAAAGCAAAUAGUAGCCUGGGAGGAAGAUAGACAAAGAGUACAGUUACAACAAGUAUCGGAACAAGCUAACACAUCGAUACACCAACUUCAAGAUCUGGAGGAAAAGAAUAAUAGCCUAACGAAUACAAUGAGAGAGUUAUCAAACACCAUAGGACAGCUACAGGCAAGAGAACAAGAACUAUCAACUAGACUAAAACUCAAGGAUAAUGACAUCACAGAAGCUAAUGUCAGAAUUGGAGAACUGCAACAGAAGAUCCGUAGAUUAGAAGGUUUUUGCCAGGAGCUAAAGAAGGCAGAUGCAACUCUCAAGACUGAGAGAGAUCAGUGGAAAGAUCAGGCUUUAGCGAAUAAAAACGAGAUUGAAAAACUUAGAGGUGACAUAAGUAAACAGUUUAGUGAUGCUGAUGAGAUACAAGCUGAGUGUGGACAGGUAAAACAAGAAGUAUUGGUGCUGCAGAAAGAGUUGUUCUUAACAGGCGAAAGAGAAAARAGAAAAGAUCAAAUGUUAGAGCUCCAAAAAUCGAAGCAAGAAAGAACCGAUGCUGAACUGCAAAACAUACGACAGAUCUGCGAUCGUCAGCAGCGAGAUAUCUCAUUCUUACAAAUGCAGCUUCAGUCUAAUCAAGAGGCGUAUUUAAAAUCUGAUGAACUGACGAACGACGCUAAGAUCGGGGAUUACUAUGAAGAGAAGAUCAACUAYGACCUCAACCCUGACUUCGACAAUCAGGAUGCAGUGUCUACGAAAUCACUCGACUUUGAUGGCAAAGGGUUGACUCCAAUGUCUAACUACGCUACUAUAGGCAGCGAGUUUAGCGAAGAUUUAGAAAGUGUUUCCCAUGAACCCCUACCCACGUUAUCAAACGACAGACCGUAUACUAGCACAGGGAUGCCGGAUAACUACGGGAGUGAUUUCCGCCAACAACCAUACUACGGUGCACMGGCCAGCAAACCCGACAUGUACUCGACAUUUGGAGGCAUGACAAUAUCCGGUACCAAGCYCGAUGUUGAGUCGUUUAACGGCGAUGGUGGCUAUGUACCGUAUAGUAUCGGGGCUGAUUUCACCAGCACAGCUACCGGGCCGUCUAUAAAUGGGUUUCCGCAUAGCACUUCGACACCACAGGGUAACCAUCAGGCGGAAGAGUSCUCGCCCACCAGUAAACUUCAUCGCUUACUGGCCGAGUCUAGACAGAUGGUACAAAAUCUCGAACAAGUUUCUGCAUUCGCUGGGUCUUCCAGUCCCAAACAGGAUGGCUCACAAGGUGUGGAUCAGUUUACACCACCGCAAAGACACUUGGGAAGUCCAUUAACCAAUCAUGUUCAAAGUAAAGCCCAAAGUUCCGGUUAAUCGAAUAGUGUAUUCGUCUCAAACCAAAUAAACAAAUCGAUGUAUGGAAAAUGGUGGAAUCGGAGUUUAACUUUCACUUUGUAACUUUUGGACUUAAAAAAGUGGCUUGUGGAAAAGCAGUUUGCUUCCCAUGAGCUAUCCAGAUUAAAGAUUUCCUUCCACUGGGACAAGUCCUAUAUGAAAGUAACCAGCAUUUAUUUUCCGCGCAACUGGUCAAAUCCAGAGGAACCGCCUUGCGUUGCGAUUAUUUUWAAAAAAAUCUAAAACAGUUUCAGUAAACGGGCAAUAAAAUGCAUGUUGCAUUAAUUUGUAAUUGCCACUUUUUUUGUUGCAUGAAGUGGCUCUCUUCCUACUCGUUGCAACAAAGAAAAUUUGAUGCCUGCAAGAUUGCAACAUGAGUAAUAUUCACUCUGCAAAUGUUGCGUGAGAAGUCGUAUGACUUCGUUGUCUGUAUAACGACAUCUUCAGCARAUGUAUACAAGGAAAAUUGUUGCCUGCCUUCUCGCUAGGUGUCCUAAUCUUUAUGGCAUGAAAAGCAGUAAAUAAGUAAUAUAUAUUUAAUUCUAAUCCUAUUCCAGAUGAUUUUAUUCAUAAUUAUGUCUAUCCAAAUGUAAUAUUUUAAUGUUUUUAUCACUCCGCAAAUCAUUCAAUGAUCCACCUCAGGCAUGUAUUCUGGCAAUAAAAAUAUAUAGCAGUUUUGUA